AUGUCGGAACGUAAGGUACUGACCAAGUACUACCCGCCUGAAUUCGAUCCCUCGAAAAUCGCCCGUACUCCGAAGCAUCUCCGUCCCACCGGCCCAAAAACCAUUCCAGUCCGCCUUAUGGCUCCCUUCAGCAUGAAAUGUACCUCUUGUGGUGAAUACAUCUACAAAGGUCGGAAGUUCAACGCCCGAAAAGAGACCACUGAAGAAAAGUAUCUCACCAUUUCCAUCUACCGCUUCUACAUUCGCUGUACACGAUGUAGUUCAGAAAUCACUUUCAAAACAGACCCGAAGAACAUGGAUUACACUGCCGAAAGAGGCGCCAACAGGAAUUUUGAAUCCUGGCGUGAUUCUACAUCUGCCGAACUCAAAGAAACCGAUGAGGAAAGGCUUGACAGACUGGAGAGGGAAGAGGCCGAUGAAGCCGAAAACGCUGAAAGAAACGCCAUGGAAGAGCUAGAGGAGAAAAUGGAAGAAAGCAAACGAGAAAUGCAAGUUGCGGAUGCUCUCGACGAGAUCAUGCAAAGAAACGCUCGUAUCGAGCGAGGCGAGAAGGGUGCCAAAGAAGAAGAGGCUCUCAUCCAGACCCGGGAACUCCUAAAUCAACAAAGGGAAGCUCAGGAACGUGCCGACGCCGACGCCGCUCGGGAUGCCUUUCGAGCCAUCAAUGUAGCAAAGGCCAGGCAGGAGGAACGCUCUCUCGAUAAUGGACCCCAACCUGCUCCUGACAACGCAACACAGCCACCACCUCCAUCCUUUGAGAGGACCAAAAAGAUCAAAAAGCCACUCGUCCCUGGCUUGGUCCGGAAAGCUGAACAGCUCAAGACUUCAUCACCACUGUCUAUCGUUAGCACCCCUGCCGGGCUUGGACUUGGGGACUAUGAUUCAGAUGACGACUGA